CUGAACAGGCCAGUCCGAGCAGGGCUUUCCUUGGACCAGGAGAACAUGAGGGAACGGGCUGAGCUGGAACACAACCCGUGCUGCCCAUCCUCAGGACUAAUGGCAAAGGAGUGACCCAGCAUGGCAGCUAUGGUGCCACCAGUGAAGCUGAAAUGGCUCGAGCAUCUCAACAGCUCCUGGAUCACCGAGGACAGCGAAUCUAUCGCCACGAGGGAGGGAGUGUCCGUCCUGUACGCCAAGUUAGUGAGCAAUAAAGAAGUAGUGCCAUUGCCCCAGCAGGUUCUGUGCCUCAAAGGACCUCAGUUACCGGAUUUCGAGCGGGAAUCUCUGUCUAGUGAUGAACAGGACCACUACCUGGACGCCCUUCUUAGCAGCCAGCUGGCUCUGGCCAAGAUGGUGUGCUCGGACUCCCCGUUUGCCGGGGCGCUGCGCAAGCGUCUCCUGGUGCUGCAGCGCGUCUUCUACGCGCUUUCCAACAAGUACCACGACAAGGGCAAGGUGAAGCAGCAGCAGCACUCCCCGGAGAGCAGCUCUGGCUCCACGGACGUGCACUCGGUCAGCGAGCGGCCCAGGUCGAGCACGGACGCGCUCAUCGAGAUGGGGGUGCGGACCGGGCUGAGCCUGCUCUUCGCUCUGCUGCGCCAGAGCUGGAUGAUGCCGGCGGCGGGGCCCGGCCUCAGCCUCUGCAACGACGUCAUCCACACCGCCAUAGAGGUGGUCAGCUCCCUGCCGCCCCUGUCUCUCGCCAACGAGAGCAAGAUCCCCCCCAUGGGUUUGGACUGUUUGGCACAAGUCACGACGUUUCUGAAAGGAGUCACCAUCCCCAACUCCGGGGCGGAUACUUUAGGCCGGAGAUUGGCGUCGGAGCUGCUGCUCGGUCUGGCUGCCCAACGAGGUGCCUUGAGAUACCUUCUGGAGUGGAUAGAGAUGGCUCUCGGUGCUUCAGCUGUGGUGAACACCAUGGAGAAGAGCAAACUGCUGCAGAGUCCCGAGGGGAUGAUCAGCUUUGACUGCUUCAUGAGUAUAUUGACCCAGAUGCGACGCUCUCUGGGCUCGUCUGCCGACCGGAGUCAAUGGAGGGAGCCAACCAGGACGUCUGAUGGCUUGUGCUCCCUGUAUGAAGCAGCUCUGUGUUUGUUUGAGGAGGUGUGCCGAAUGGCCUCAGACUAUUCCAGGACAUGUGCCAGCCCUGACAGCAUCCAGACUGGGGAUGCCCCCAUCGUGUCUGAGACCUGUGAGGUGUAUGUCUGGGGCAGUAACAGCAGCCAUCAGCUGGUGGAAGGAACUCAAGAGAAGAUACUUCAGCCCAAGCUCGCUCCAAGCUUUUCUGAUGCACAGACGAUUGAAGCUGGACAAUAUUGUACCUUUGUCAUUUCUACGGAUGGCUCUGUCCGAGCCUGUGGGAAAGGCAGCUAUGGCAGACUCGGACUGGGUGACUCCAAUAAUCAGUCCACACUGAAAAAACUGACUUUUGAGCCUCACAGGUCUAUCAAAAAGGUGUCAUCUUCAAAAGGAUCUGAUGGCCACACUUUGGCAUUUACAACAGAAGGGGAAGUCUUCAGCUGGGGUGACGGUGACUACGGAAAACUGGGACAUGGAAAUAGCUCAACUCAGAAAUAUCCCAAACUUAUUCAGGGUCCCCUGCAAGGAAAGGUGGUGGUGUGUGUGUCAGCGGGGUACAGGCACAGCGCUGCUGUCACAGAGGAUGGAGAGCUCUACACGUGGGGAGAGGGAGACUUCGGGAGAUUGGGUCACGGUGACAGCAACAGCCGCAACAUUCCCACUCUGGUGAAAGACAUCAGCAACGUGGGAGAGGUUUCCUGUGGCAGUUCACACACCAUAGCUCUGUCCAAAGAUGGCAGGACAGUGUGGUCAUUUGGAGGAGGAGACAACGGCAAACUUGGUCACGGUGACACAAACAGAGUGUAUAAACCUAAAGUUAUAGAAGCCUUGCAAGGAAUGUUCAUUCGGAAAGUCUGUGCUGGGAGCCAAUCCUCACUUGCCUUGACAUCGACGGGGCAGGUGUACGCCUGGGGCUGCGGGGCCUGCCUGGGCUGCGGCUCCUCGGAGGCGACUGCGCUCAGACCCAAACUGGUGGAGGAGCUGGCUGCCACCAGGAUAGUCGACAUCUCCAUCGGGGACAGUCACUGCUUGGCACUCUCUCAUGAUAAUGAAGUUUAUGCUUGGGGUAACAAUUCCAUGGGGCAGUGUGGGCAGGGAAACUCCACUGGUCCCAUCACUAAACCGAAGAAAGUGAGUGGUUUAGAUGGAGUUGCAAUUCAACAGAUCUCAGCAGGAACUUCCCAUAGCCUUGCCUGGACAGCUCUUCCAAGGGACAGGCAGGUGGUGGCGUGGCACAGACCCUACUGCGUGGACCUGGAGGAAAGCACCUUCUCUCAUCUCCGCUCCUUCCUCGAGCACUACUGUGACAAAAUCAACAGUGAAAUCCCCCCUCUUCCUUUUCCCUCCUCAAGGGAACACCACAAUUUUCUGAAAUUGUGUCUGAAGCUGCUCUCUAAUCACCUUGCACUUGCCCUGGCUGGGGGUGUUGCCACCAGCAUUCUGGGCCGCCAGGCCGGGCCUCUCCGAAACCUCCUGUUCAGGCUGAUGGACUCGUCUGUCCCUGAUGAAAUUCAGGAAGUUGUAAUCGAGACUCUGUCAGUAGGAGCAACUAUGCUGCUUCCUCCACUGCGAGAGAGGAUGGAAUUGCUCCAUUCCCUUCUCCCCCAAGGCCCUGAUAGAUGGGAGAGCUUAUCAAAAGGACAGAGAAUGCAGCUGGACAUCAUUCUGACGAGCUUGCAGGAUCACACCCACGUGGCCUCCCUGCUGGGCUACAGCUCCCCCUCGGACAGCAGCGAGAGCUCCUCGCUGGGCGUCAGCUACGGGAACCUCUCCGAGCAAACCUACGCCGUGCAGAGCAGCCACCCCGACACUCACCUGGCCGAGAUCCUCAUGAAGACUCUGCUCAGAAACUUGGGAUUUUAUACAGACCAAGCCUUUGGAGAACUGGAAAAAAACAGUGAUAAAUUUUUACUGGGUACAUCAUCAUCAGAAAACAGCCAACCUGCUCAUCUUCAUGAGCUUUUAUGUUCCCUGCAGAAACAGCUGCUGGCUUAUUGCCACAUCAACAGUGUCAGUGAGAAUUCCAGCAGCGUGGCUCUGCUCCACAAACACCUCCAGCUUUUGUUGCCUCAUGCCACAGAUAUCUAUUCCCGUUCUGCAACCCUGCUGAAGGAAAGCUCUUGGAAUGGUAGUGUUGGGGAAAAACUGAGAGAUGUGAUUUACGUGUCAGCUGCUGGCAGUAUGCUCUCCCAGAUUGUCAACUCCUUGCUGCUGCUGCCUGUGUCGGUGGCCCGGCCUUUGCUGAGUUACCUGCUGGACCUGCUGCCGCCUUUAGAUCGUCUCAACAGACUGCUGCCUGCUGCAGCCCUGCUGGAGGAUCAGGAACUGCAGUGGCCUCUUCAUGGUGGCCCUGAGCUGAUCGAUCCUGCGGGGGUGCCCCUGCCACAACCCGCCCAGUCCUGGGUGUGGCUCGUCGACCUGGAGAGGACGGUGGCCCUGCUCAUCGGGAGGUGCCUUGGGGGGAUGCUCCAGGGCCCUCCAGUGUCCCCUGAGGAGCAGGACACGGCCUACUGGCUCAAAACUCCCCUCUUCAGUGACGGGGUGGAAAUGGACAUUCCUCAUUUAGACAAAUGCAUGAGCUCCCUGUUAGAAGUGGCCCUGUCUGGAAACGAGGAGCAGAAACCCUUUGAUUAUAAACUGAGACCCGAAAUUACAGUUUAUGUUGACUUGGCCUUGGGUUGUACGAAAGAGCCAGCAAGGAGCCUGUGGAUCAGUAUGCAAGACUAUGCUGUCAGUAAAGAUUGGGACACUGCAACUUUAAGUAACGAAUCGCUCCUCGACACCGUGUCCAGAUUCGUUCUUGCAGCUCUUCUGAAGCACACGAGUUUACUUAACCAAGCUUGUGGGGAGAGCAGGUACCAGCCUGGCAAGGCCCUGGCAGAAGUUUACCGCUGCGUCUACAAGGUUCGCAGCCGUUUGCUGGCCUGCAAGAACAUGGAGCUCAUCCAGACCAGAUCAUCCUCAAGAGACAGAUGGAUGCUGGAUAACCAAGAAUCUGCUGAUGUCGAUGCUCAAGAACAUUCCUUCACUCGCACAAUCGACGAAGAAGCAGAGAUGGAGGAGCAGGCAGAACGUGACAGAGAGGAAGGACACCCAGAGCAAGAAGAUGAGGAGGAGGAAAGAGAACAUGAAGUUAUGACAGCUGGUAAAAUAUUUCAAUGUUUCCUAUCAGCCCGUGAAGUAGCUCGCAGUCGGGAUCGGGAUAGGAUGAGCACUGGGCCAGGGACUAGACUUGAUGAUCCACCCCCUCAGUCUCAGCAGGAAAGGAGGAUCAGCACAGACCUGACGGAAGGGCAGGAUGUUUACACCGCUGCCUGCAACUCGGUGAUCCACAGGUGUGCCCUGUUGAUCCUGGGGGUGAGCCCCGUGCUGGAGGAGCUGCAGAGGCGCCGGGAGGACGGGCACUCCCAACAGCCGCCCCCGGCCACCCCCGACGGCGUCGGCAUCAUGACCAGGAGUGAAAGCCUGACAGCAGAAAGUCGCUCCAUCCAUGCCAGCUCGAGCUACAGACUGAUUAAAUCGAGGAGUGAGUCCGAUUUGUCUCAGCCUGAAUCAGAUGAGGAAGGUUAUUCACUGAGUGGAAGACGAAAUGUUGAUUUGGAUUUGGCAGCAUCGCACAGAAAGAGGGGGACAAUUCACGGGCAGGUGGAAUCCCUGAGCGAGUCGUGGGUGCGGCUCAAGCACGGCAGGGACUGGCUGUGCACGCCCUCCUGCUCCUUCCUGGAGCCCGACUUGGACCUCUCCCGAUCCCUGGGGGUCCACACGUUGAUUGAAAACGUCGUCAGCUUCGUCAGUGGAGAUGUGGGCAACUCGCCGGGGUUUAAGGAGCCCGAGGAGAGCAUGUCCACCAGCCCCCAGGCAUCAGUCAUUGCAAUGGAGCAGCAGCAGCUGAGGGCUGAGCUUCGUCUGGAAGCCCUUCACCAGAUUUUGGUGCUCCUGUCAGGGAUGGAGGAGAAGGGCAGUGUGCCGCUGAUGGGAAGCCGUCAGGUGGCAGGAUUUCAAUCCUCUUCGUUGCUCACCUCUGUCAGACUGCAGUUCCUCGCUGGCUGCUUUGGUUUGGGCACCGUGGGCCACGCAGGUGCCAAGGGAGAGAGUGUCAGGCUGCAUCACUACCAGGAUGGUAUCAGAGCAGCCAAGAGAAGUAUUCAGAUUGAAAUCCAGGUGGCUGUGCACAAAAUCUACCAGCAGUUAUCUGCCACUUUAGAAAGAGCCCUGCAAGCUAAUAAGCAUCACAUAGAAGCACAGCAGCGCCUGCUCCUGGUGACAGUGUUUGCUCUCAGCGUGCACUACCAGCCCGUGGACGUGUCCCUGGCCAUUUCCACGGGGCUGCUGAACGUGCUGUCCCAGCUGUGUGGCACUGACACCAUGCUGGGCCAGCCCCUGCAGCUGCUGCCCAAAACUGGCGUUUCCCAGCUCAGCACAGCUCUGAAAGUGGCCAGCACAAGGCUCCUGCAGAUCCUCGCCAUCACCACGGGAACCUAUGCUGAUAAACUGAGCCCAAAGGUGGUGCAGUCUUUGCUGGAUUUGUUGUGCAGCCAGCUGAAGAACUUGUUGUCACAAGCUGGGGUGAUGCUUAUGGCUUCCUUUGGAGAAGGGGAAGGGGAGGAAGAGGAGGUGGAAUCCAAAAAGGCGGAUUCAAGUGGGGAUAACGAGAAGAGAGACUUCAGAGCUGCCCUGCGCAAGCAGCACGCGGCAGAGCUGCACCUGGGCGACUUCCUGGUUUUCCUGCGCAGAGUUGUGUCUUCCAAAGCCAUUCAGUCCAAGAUGGCAUCUCCCAAGUGGACAGAAGUGCUCCUGAACAUCGCUUCUCAGAAGUGCUGCUCAGGAGUUCCCUUGGUUGGCAACCUGAGGACCAGGCUGCUGGCGCUGCACGUGCUGGAGGCGGUGCUGCCUGCCUGUGAAUCUGGCGUGGAAGAUGAUCAGAUGGCUCAGGUUGUUGAGAGAUUGUUCUCACUUCUGUCUGACUGCAUGUGGGAGACUCCAAUAGCUCAGGCCAAACACGCCAUCCAAAUCAAGGAGAAAGAGCAAGAAAUGAAGCUGCAGAAGCAAGGAGAGUCUGAAGAUGAGGAUGAGAAUCUUCCCAUCCAGGAGGUGUCCUUUGAUCCUGAGAAGGCUCAGUGCUGCAUAGUGGAGAACGGGCAGAUUCUGACUCAUGGAAGUGGAGGCAAAGGAUACGGUUUAGCAUCCACUGGAGUCACUUCUGGGUGUUACCAGUGGAAGUUCUACAUCGUGAAGGAGAAUCGAGGCAAUGAGGGCACCUGCGUGGGGGUUUCCCGCUGGCCCGUCCACGACUUUAACCAUCGCACCACCUCGGACAUGUGGCUCUACAGGGCCUACAGUGGCAACCUCUACCACAAUGGAGAGCAGACUUUGACCCUGUCCAGCUUCACCCAAGGAGAUUUCAUCACCUGUGUGCUGGAUAUGGAAGCGAGAACCAUUUCCUUCGGGAAAAAUGGAGAGGAGCCCAAACUGGCUUUUGAAGAUGUGGAUGCAGCUGAAUUAUACCCCUGUGUUAUGUUCUACAGCAGUAAUCCAGGAGAGAAGGUGAAAAUCUGUGACAUGCAGAUGCGAGGGACACCCAGAGACCUCCUGCCUGGAGACCCCAUCUGCAGUCCCGUGGCCGCCGUGCUGGCAGAGGCCACCAUCCAGCUGAUCCGGAUCCUGCACCGCACCGACCGCUGGACACACUGCAUCAACAAAAAGAUGGUGGAGAGGCUGAACAAAAUCAAAACCUGCCUCAAAGAAGCGGGGCAAAAGCUCAAGAAGAGCCGCUCGGUUCAAAGCCGGGAGGAGAGCGAGGCGAGAGAGGAGAAGGAGAGCAAGGAGGAGGAGAAGGCCAAGCACGGGCGGCACGGGCUGGCCGAGCUGUCGGAGCUGCAGCUGAAGAUGCUGUGUGCCGAGGUGUGGCCCGUGCUGGCCGUCAUCGGAGGGGUGGAUGCCGGGCUCAGGGUCGGAGGGCGCUGUGUGCACAAGCAGACGGGCCGGCACGCCACCCUGCUGGGCGUGGUCAAGGAGGGCAGCACCUCUGCCAAGGUGCAGUGGGACGAGGCUGAGAUCACCAUCAGCUUCCCAACUUUUUGGUCGCCUAGUGACACCCCCCUGUAUAACCUGGAGCCCUGUGAGCCACUGCCUUUUGACGUUGCGAGAUUUCGUGGGCUGACAGCCACCGUGUUGCUGGACCUUACCUAUCUGACUGGCAUUCACGAAGACGUGGGAAAGCAGAGCACCAAGAGGCACGAGAAAAAACACAGGCACGAAUCCGAAGAGAAAGGGGAAACGGAUCAGAAAGCGGAGGGCGACGCCGCAUGGGACGCGCGGUCGGGAGCGAGCGCCGACGACAGCAAAGGACACGGUGCCACGAGCUCCAAGCUGGAAAAUGAAAUCGUUUCCUUCUCUUUAGAACCUUCGACGCUAGGUAUGGAAUCCCAACACCAACCUGGGGAAGGCAGGAAAAAGAACCACGAGCACAGCCCGAGGAGUCACGACAUAGUGCAGUCGGAGAUCAGGGCUGUGCAGCUGUCCUACCUUUACCUGGGGGCCAUGAAGUCCCUGAGCGUCCUGCUGAGCUGCAGCAAAUACGCCGAGCUGCUGCUGAUCCCCAAGGUGCUGGCGGAAAACGGGCACAACUCGGACUGCGCCGGUUCCCCGGUGGUGCACGAGGACGUGGAGAUGAGGGCGGCCCUGCAGUUCCUCAUGAGGCACAUGGUGAAACGGGCGGUCAUGAGGUCACCCAUCAAGAGAGCCCUGGGGCUGGCAGACCUGGAGCGGGCACAAGCCAUGAUCUACAAGUUAGUGGUUCACGGGCUGCUGGAGGACCAGUUUGGUGGCAGACUUAAACCAGAAGUGGAGCAACAAGUAGAAGAAGGUGAUCAGUCUCAGCAAGCCCAGACUCCGGUGACAACCAGCCCUUCUGCUUCCAGCACAACUUCUUUCAUGAGCAGCUCUCUGGAGGAUACAACCACUGCUACUACUCCAGUCACUGACACAGAAACAGUUCCAGCUUCAGAAUCACCUGGGGUUAUGCCUCUCAGCCUUCUUAGGCAAAUGUUCUCCAGCUACCCAACCACAACUGUGCUUCCAGCACGGCGUGCUCAGACCCCUCCAAUAUCUUCUUUACCAACAUCUCCUUCAGAUGAGGUUGGAAGGAGACAAAGCCUGACUUCCCCUGACUCCCAGUCUGCCAGACCUGCCAAUCGUACAGCUCUGUCUGAUCCAAGCAGCCGACUUUCCACAUCCCCCCCUCCUCCUGCCAUCGCUGUGCCAUUGCUGGAGAUGGGCUUCUCCCUCAGGCAGAUUGCCAAAGCUAUGGAAGCCACAGGUGCCAGAGGAGAAGCAGAUGCCCAGAACAUCACAGUGCUGGCCAUGUGGAUGAUAGAGCACCCUGGCAAUGAAGAUGAUGAGGAGCCCCAGUCGGAGGGGACUGCAGAGUCACGGCACGGGACAAUCGUCUCCGGCAGCGGGGGGAAAUCUGGAGAUCAUUGCUAUUUACAGUCUCCAGGGGAUAUCCCUUCUGCUGAUGCCACUGAAAUGGAGGAAGGCUUUAGUGAGAGCCCUGAUAAUAUGGAUCACGUGGACAAUGCAGCUGCUGCCAGUGGCCCUCCCUCCAGGAGUCGCUCGGCUGUGACACGGAGGCACAAAUUCGACCUGGCUGCCCGGACCCUGCUGGCACGGGCUGCGGGGUUGUACCGCUCUGUGCAGGCCCACAGGAACCAGAGCCGGCGGGAAGGGGUCUCCUUGCAGCAGGAUCCGGGGGCUCUGUACGACUUCAACCUGGACGAGGAGCUGGAGAUCGACCUGGAUGACGAAGCCAUGGAAGCCAUGUUUGGGCAAGACCUGGCUAGUGAUAAUGAUAUUCUGGGAAUGUGGAUCCCAGAGGUAUUGGACUGGCCUACCUGGCACGUCUGCGAGUCUGAGGACAGAGAAGAGGUGGUGGUCUGUGAGCUGUGCGAGUCCAGCGUGGUGAGCUUCAACCAGCACAUGAAGAGGAACCACCCGGGCUGCGGGCGCAGCGCCAACCGGCAGGGCUAUCGCAGCAACGGCUCCUACGUGGACGGCUGGUUCGGGGGCGAGUGUGGCAGUGGCAACCCCUACUACUUGUUGUGUGGCAUCUGCAGAGAGAAGUACCUGGCCCUGAAGAGCAAAUCCAAAACGUCCACUUCCGAAAGGUACAAAGGCCAGGCUCCUGAUUUGAUAGGUAAACAAGACAGUGUUUAUGAAGAAGACUGGGAUAUGUUAGAUGUAGAUGAAGAUGAAAAGCUGACAGGGGAAGAAGAGUUUGAAUUGCUGGCUGGACCUCUUGGGUUGAACGAUCGACGAAUUGUCCCCGAGCCCGUCCAGUUCCCCGACAGUGACCCCCUGGGGGCUUCUGUUGCAAUGGUCACAGCCACCAACAGCAUGGAAGAAACGCUGAUGCAAAUAGGCUGUCACGGCUCAAUAGAGAAGAGUUCCUCUGGCAGGAUAACCCUGGGAGAACAGGCAGCUGCCCUGGCCAAUCCUCACGACCGGGUGAUGGCUCUGAGGAGAGUGACAGCUGCUGCCCAAGUCCUCCUGGCAAGAACCAUGGUUAUGAGAGCACUCUCACUGUUGUCUGUCAGUGGUUCCAGUUGCAGCCUGGCAGCUGGCCUGGAGUCCCUGGGGCUGACGGACAUCCGGACGUUGGUGCGGUUGAUGUGCCUGGCGGCGGCGGGGAGGGCAGGGCUGUCCACCAGCCCGUCCACGGUGUCCAGCUCAGCAGAGAGAGCCAGGGGCAUCCACAGCAAAACCAGCAAGCCCAUCUCUUGCCUUGCCUACCUGAGCACUGCAGUUGGGUGCCUGGCAUCGAACACUCCCAGUGCUGCAAAGCUGCUGGUGCAGUUGUGCACACAGAAUUUGAUUUCUGCAGCAACUGGCGUGAACUUGACAACAGUUGAUGAUCCAAUUCAGCGGAAAUUUUUGCCAAGUUUUUUAAGGGGGAUUGCAGAAGAAAACAAACUUGUCACAUCUCCAAAUUUUGUGGUUACUCAAGCACUUGUAGCAUUGUUGGCAGACAAAGGGGCCAAACUGAGGCCAAACUAUGAUAAAGCUGAAAUUGAAAAGAAAGCAGGUUUAAUUGCCCAUUUGUAUGCCCAUCCUUCCUAUGAUCCCUCUGCUGUAGGCCCUCUGGAGCUGGCGAACGCGCUGGCCGCGUGCUGCCUGUCCUCGCGCCUCUCCUCGCAGCACCGCCAGUGGGCCGCCCAGCAGCUCGUGCGCACGCUCGCCGCCCACGACAGGGACAACCAGAGCGUCCCCCAGACCCUGGCUGACAUGGGGGGGGACCUCAGGAAGUGCUCCUUCAUCAAGCUGGAGGCUCACCAGAACAGGGUCAUGACGUGUGUUUGGUGCAAUAAAAAGGGACUUUUGGCCACCAGUGGGAACGAUGGCACCAUCAGGGUGUGGAAUGUGACCAAGAAGCAGUACUCACUGCAGCAAACCUGCGUGCUCAACAAGCUAGAAGGUGAUUCUGAGGAAAGCCUGGGGUCACCCAGUGACCUGAGUUUAUCUCUUGUCUGUUGGAGCAUCAGUGGCAAAUACCUGGCUGGAGCUACAGAAAAGAUGGUGAACAUAUGGCAAGUCAAUGGAGGAAAAGGGUUGUUAGAUCUUCAGCCUCACUGGGUGUCUGCUCUGGCCUGGCCAGAAGAAGGCCCAUCUGCAGCCUGGACGGGGGAUACUCCAGAAUUCCUGUUAAUUGGCCGCAUGGAUGGAUCUCUCGCCCUCAUUGAAGUUGUGGACAUCUCAGCCAUGCACAGGCUAGAACUGGAACACUGCUACAGAAAGGAUGUGUCUGUCACGUGCCUUGCCUGGUUCAGCGAGGACAGACCAUUUGCCGUGGGCUAUUCCGAUGGAAAAUUGCUGAUAGGAACAAAGGAGCCAGGGGAGAAAGGAGGAGUCGUUCUCAUCGAUGCCCAUAAGGACAUGGUUGUGAGCAUGAAGUGGGAUCCAACGGGGAAGAUUCUCCUGACAUGUGCCAAAGAAGAGACAGUGAAGCUCUGGGGGUUGCUGGGGGGCUGCUGGAGGCACCUGCACUCGCUGUCCCACCCCGCCCUGGUGAAUGGCAUCGCCUGGUGUGCCCUGCCAGGGAAGGGGCCCAAGCCCCAGCUCCUGCUGGCCACGGGGUGCCACAAUGGCCUGGUGUGUGUCUGGACUGUUCCCCAGGAUGUUGUGAUCACUCUGCAGUCCAGCUCAGCUUGCUCAGAAGGGUGGUGGGAGCAAGAAACAAGUGCCAAGGAUGGAUUCAGGAAGGCAGUGGAAGUCAAGUGUGUGUUCCAGCUGAGGGGACACAUCACUCCCGUCAGGACUGUUGCGUUCAGCCCUGAUGGACUGGCCUUGGUGUCUGGGGGCCUGGGGGGCCUCAUGAACAUUUGGUCUUUACGGGAUGGCUCCGUGUUGCAGAGUGUCGUGAUAGGCUCUGGAGCGAUCCAGACUGCAGUGUGGAUCCCUGAGGUUGGAGUAGCUGCCUGUUCCAACAGAUCAAAGGAUGUGCUGGUGGUGAACUGCACCUCCGAGUGGAUCUCUGCCAACCACGUCCUGGCCACGUGCAGGACUGCUCUGAAGCAGCAGGGAGUGCUGGGGCUGAACAUGGCUCCCUGCAUGAGAGCCUUCCUGGAGCGGCUGCCCAUCAUGCUGCAGGAGCAGUAUGCCUACGAGAAGCCCCACGUGGUGUGUGGAGACCAGCUGGUUCACAGCCCCUACAUGCAGUGCUUGGCCUCGCUGGCCGUGGGCCUUCACCUGGACCAGCUGCUGUGCAACCCACCCGUGCCUCCCCACCUGCACAGCUGCCUGCCCGACCCCUCUGCCUGGAACCCCUCCGAGUGGGCCUGGCUCGAGUGCUUCUCCACCACCAUCAAAGCUGCAGAAGCCCUGGCCAAGGGAGCCCAGUUCCCAGAAUCCUUCAGUGUGCCAGACCUGGAGCCUGUUCCCGAGGAUGAGCUCACCCUCCUGAUGGAUAACAGCAAAUGGAUCAACGGCAUGGAUGAGCAGAUCAUGUCCUGGGCAACAUCAAGGCCAGAGGACUGGCACCUGGGAGGGAAGUGUGACGUGUACCUGUGGGGAGCGGGCAGGCACGGGCAGCUGGCAGAGGCUGGCAGGAACGUCAUGAUACCCGUGGCAGCACCUUCAUUCUCUCAGGCUCAGCAGGUGGUUUGUGGCCAGAACUGCACCUUUGUCAUUCAAGCCAACGGCACCGUUUUGGCUUGUGGGGAAGGGAGUUACGGGCGACUGGGGCAAGGAAAUUCUGAUGAUCUUCAUGUGCUCACAGUCAUUUCAGCACUGCAAGGCUUUGUGGUGACACAGCUGGUGACCUCCUGUGGCUCCGAUGGGCAUUCCAUGGCUCUGACGGAGAGCGGGGAAGUUUUCAGCUGGGGAGAUGGAGAUUACGGCAAGCUGGGCCACGGCAACAGCGACCGGCAGCGCAGGCCCCGGCAGAUCGAGGCCCUGCAAGGAGAAGAAGUGGUGCAGAUGUCAUGUGGCUUCAAACACUCAGCUGUGGUGACAGCAGAUGGCAAACUCUUUACAUUUGGAAACGGUGAUUACGGUCGAUUAGGACUUGGAAACACUUCCAAUAAGAAACUUCCCGAACGAGUGACGGCGCUGGAAGGUUACCAGAUUGGACAGGUGGCCUGUGGCCUCAAUCACACUGUAGCUGUGUCAACAGAUGGCUCAAUGGUCUGGGCUUUUGGAGAUGGAGACUAUGGGAAGCUUGGUCUGGGAAAUUCCACUGCCAAGUCCUCACCACAGAAAGUGGAUAUUCUCUGUGGAAUUGGAAUAAAGAAAGUGGCCUGUGGAACCCAGUUCUCUGUUGCACUGACAAAAGAUGGUCAUGUAUAUACUUUUGGACAAGAUCGCCUCAUCGGACUGCCCGAGGGCCGCGCCCGCAACCACAACCGGCCGCAGCAGGUGCCGGUGCUGUCGGGGAUCUUCAUCGAGGACAUCGCCGUGGGAGCAGAGCACACCCUGGCCCUGUCCUCCACGGGGGAUGUCUAUGCCUGGGGCAGCAAUUCCGAGGGGCAGCUGGGCCUGGGCCACACCAACCACGUGCGGGAGCCCACGCUGGUGACGGUGCUGCAGGGCAAGAACGUGCGGCAGAUCUCGGCCGGGCGCUGCCACAGCGCGGCCUGGACGGCGCCGCCCGUGCCCCCACGAGCUCCGGGUGUUUCAGUGCCUUUGCAGCUUGGUUUGCCUGAUGCCAUCCCACCACAGUACGGGGCACUGAAGGAAGUCAGCAUUCACACAGUGAGGGCGAGGCUCAGACUGCUGUACCACUUUUCUGACCUCAUGUACUCGUCGUGGAGAUUACUCAACCUCAGUCCCAAUAACCAGAACAGUACAUCUCACUACAACGCUGGCACGUGGGGGAUAGUGCAGGGCCAGCUGCGGCCCCUGCUGGCACCGCGGGUCUACACCCUGCCCAUGGUGCGCUCCAUAGGCAAGACCAUGGUGCAGGGCAAGAACUACGGGCCCCAGAUCACUGUGAAGAGGAUCUCCACCAGAGGUCGGAAGUGCAAGCCCAUCUUCGUGCAGAUAGCCAGGCAGGUGGUGAAGCUGAACGCCUCGGACCUGCGCCUGCCCUCCCGCGCCUGGAAGGUGAAACUGGUGGGAGAAGGAGCUGACGACGCAGGUGGAGUGUUCGAUGACACUAUUACAGAAAUGUGUCAGGAACUGGAAACUGGAAUCGUGGACUUGCUCAUUCCUUCCCCAAAUGCUACAGCUGAAGUUGGCUACAACAGGGACAGGUUUCUCUUUAACCCUUCAGCGUGUUUGGAUGAGCACCUGAUGCAGUUCAAGUUCUUGGGCAUUCUCAUGGGGGUGGCAAUUCGUACCAAAAAGCCAUUAGAUCUUCAUUUGGCUCCAAUGGUCUGGAAGCAACUCUGUUGUAUCCCACUCAUCUUGGAGGAUUUGGAGGAGGUAGAUCUGCUCUAUGUGCAGACCCUCAACAGCAUUCUUCACAUUGAAGACAGUGGGAUUACUGAAGAAAAUUUCCAUGAGAUGAUUCCUUUAGAUUCUUUUGUUGGCCAAAGUGCUGAUGGUAAAAUGGUUCCCAUAAUCCCUGGAGGGAACAGCAUCCCACUUACCUUUUCAAACAGGAAAGAGUACGUGGAGAGGGCGAUUGAGUACAGACUCCAUGAGAUGGACCGGCAGGUGGCUGCUGUCAGGGAGGGAAUGUCCUGGAUUGUUCCCGUUCCUUUGCUGUCCCUUCUGACUGCCAAGCAGUUGGAGCAGAUGGUCUGUGGGAUGCCGGAAAUCUCCGUUGAAGUUCUGAAGAAAGUGGUGCGAUACAGGGAGGUGGAUGAGCAGCAUCAGCUGGUGCAGUGGUUCUGGCACACCCUGGAGGAGUUUUCCAAUGAGGAGAGAGUCCUUUUCAUGAGGUUUGUGUCGGGAAGAUCUCGACUGCCAGCCAACACAGCUGAUAUCUCUCAGCGAUUCCAAAUAAUGAAGGUUGAUAGGCCUUACGACAGCUUGCCUACCUCACAGACUUGUUUCUUUCAACUGCGGCUGCCGCCGUACUCCAGCCAGCUGGUGAUGGCCGAGCGCCUGCGCUAUGCAAUCAACAACUGCCGCUCCAUCGACAUGGACAAUUACAUGCUCUCCCGCAACGUGGACAAUGCCGAGGGCUCCGACACGGAUUACUGACACUCUGUGAACAAAACCACCUUCCUUUUCCUACAGAUAGCGCCCCGAGUCCGAGUCAUCGUCGACAUAAUUUUACAGUAACCAUAGAUGUUUUAGGAGCAUAAAAAAAACCCCAGAUGUUAAUAGGUGGUGGCCACAUUUUA